CACUUCUGAAAAAUUAUAAUUAUAAGAUUUUAUUUCAUCAUCAACAACAAUAUUGGAACUUGUAAUAUAGCAUUUGAUAUUUAUUAGUAUUACAUUAUUUAAUACACUCGAGAAAAGCUAUUCAGGUGUUUGAAAGCUCUAUGUGCUCCAAAUCGAUUUGGCUCGAAGAUAAAAUUAUUGUAAAGAGAAUUGCAUUAGAGUACAUCGAUCCCAAUAAUUUAUUGAAGUAUAAGCUUGUCAGAAAACACGUACAACAUGCGCAACGAGAUUACAGCAGCGGUGCUGUUCUUAGUACAGCUGAUAGAAAAAAGCGAAAAAUUUAGUCCUGAUCAGUUAGAUUGCUUCCAACGACGACUAGUAGAACUAUUGAUGGAACGUUUCAAGAACCAUUGGUUUCCAGACAAACCUUUUAAGGGUCAAGGAUAUCGUUGUAUACGUGUUAAUGGACAUAAUCGAAGAGAUGCUACAAUAGAAAGUGCUGCGAAUGCUGCAGGUGUUAAAUAUGAAGAUUUGUCUUUGCCAGUUGAGCUAACAUUGUGGGUUGAUCCUAAAGAGGUUUGUUGCAGAUUUGGAGAGAGUAAAGGCUCAUAUUGUACAUUGGCUUCGUUUGAUGAUAAAGAACAUAUAGUACCUCUUAUAACACAGCAUAUUGAAAAUGCUAAAAAAGAAGAGAAACAGAUGAAUGAUGAGAAAUCUGUUUCUACUUCCACUACUACAAAUCUACUUCAGAAAUCAAAAUCAAUAAUUUCAACCAAUCAAGUUCAAACACAUUCAAAUAACAAUAACAUUAGCAACAACGACAACAACAAUAGUACUAGCAACAUAAAUAACAAUAAUAACAGCAUCAACAUUAAUAGUAGUAGCAGCGGCAAUAAUAAUAACAACAGUAACAGUAACAAUAUCUCUAAUAAACGACGAAACUUGAACAGUCCGAGGCUACAUUUGAACCGAAAUCGUUCGUGGUUUAAUCAUUCAUUUAUGGGUUAUGGUCCUCAUCCAAUGAAUCAGCCUUGGUACAAUAUUAUGCCGCCUCAUUUUCUCGGUGGUCCUUCACCUCCACCUUUUAUUAGUGGACAUCGGGCGAGCAAGUGGAUUCAUUCGUCCUCCUAUCCAACGGGACCCUCGCGUUUCCAUCACUGGUCGCCUAAAGCAACCCUUAAAGUGUGAACGAACCUGCCAAAUUAACCAAUGAUUAACAUCUAAUCUAUUGCUGGCAUCAGACAUAGUCUGGAUAAUUAUUUCGAAAAUUUUUAUUAUAAUACUAAACAUAUACUUUUUCCGUUCAUUAUAAU